AUGUCUGAGAAGACCAGUCCUGCACGGAGCACCGUCGUUGCUCUCAGCAAUGACUGCGAUCAGCCCAGCAUCCUGGAGGGACAAGAUUCCACGGAUAGCCGCAAUCCCAAGAACUGGAGCCCGUGGAAGAAGAGGCUACUGUUUUUGGCGUUGAUGUCGAGCUCGAUCCUCGCUGACGGUGGCAUGACCUGGGGCGCAACACUGGUGGUUCCGCAAGCGUUCGAGUGGAACACGUCCAUCAACCAUUCGGCGACUUCGCUCAACUACGGGAUCUUAUUGCAGGGCUUUGGUGGCAUUAUGGCGGUGCCGUUCAUCAACGCCUAUGGCCGCCUUCCGGUCUGGCUAUACCCGCAGAUCGUCACCCUCGGCGUCGUCCUUGGAUGUGUCUACGCGCAGUCCUGGUCCGUCUUCACCGCAUUGCGCGCCCUGCAAGGUCUCUUCGGCACCGUGCCCCAAGUGAUCGGCCUGCCCAUCAUCCACGACAUGUACAGCCCGGCCGAAUGGCCACGAUACAUCAACAUCUGGGGCACCACAUUUCUCGUGGGACCCUUCCUCUUCCCCGCCCUGGCCGGCUAUAUUCUGGACGGCACCGACUCGUGGCGCGACUGCUUCAAAGUCCUGACCGCGCUGUACGGCCUCUCGACGCUCCUGAUUCUCUCGUUCGGCCACGAAACAUACUACAAAAACGGCACGCACCAACCCCACAGGAUUAAAUCCUUCUUCGGCAUCGGGAACACCAACCUCCCCAAAUCCCGCGCCCUCGCCGCAUCGACGCUCGACAUCAUCAAAUUGACGUUCACGCUCCCGAUCCUGCUCGUCGGCCUCUCCACCAUGAUUAACUUCACCUGGCCGAUCGGCAUCACCACGACGGUCGACGCGGUUGUGCGCGCCCCGCCCUACCUGUUCGACGACGUGGAAGACGCGUCCAUCCGAUUUGCCGGCGUCAUCGGCGCCCUCCUCGGCUUCUGUUUCGGAUACUUCUUCAACGAAUGGAUCUACAACGGCUCCGGCGGGCGACGCAAGGCUCACUGGAGAAGCGAGUACCGCCUGCACGGCGUGUGGUUCCCACUCGGGAGCAUGGUGUGCGGCCUGCUCACGUACGGGCUCACGUUGCACUACGGCAAAAGCUGGGUGGGCCUCGCGUUCGGGUGGAUCAUGGUCAACGUCGGGCUCGUGGGCAGUAUGGUGGCCAUCACGGCGUACGUGCUGGAAAAAUACCCGCAACACUCGGCCGUCGUGUCGGCCAUUAUCAACAUGUGGAGAACCUGCGGCGGGUUUGCCGUCGGAUACUUCCAGCCCAGUUGGAUAGAGAGGGACGGUGUCGCGGCCGUGUUUGCGACCCAGGCCGCCGUCGUGGCUGUUUGUGCUGUGCUGUUGAUCGGGUCUACCAUUUGGCUCGGCAGGAGGGCGGCCAGAGCCAAGCCUGGAUCGGAGAGCACCACUGAAGCAUGA